CGCUGGGGUUGGGCAGGAUCUGGUUCCGUGCAACUUUUAAGUGAGUUACAAACUCCGCCCCGGACACCGGUGCAGGUGGUCGGGCGCUCCGCGACCCCGGCGGCCGGUGAGAGCGGAGCUCCGGCCGGCCACCCGGUCCCGAGACCAGCAGCGGCGCCCUCGACGGGGGACGAACGGUUCUCCGCGGCAGGAAUUGUGGGACUGAGCCGCCAGGAUUCGGCGGGGCGGAGGGACGCGCCCUCCCGCCUCGCUCCCAAGGCGGCUUCCUCUGCGAGGCCCUCCGUCCACUGGUUCCGGCUUCACCCGGCUCCCCCGCGCUGCGGGGUCGGAGUCAGGGGUGGUGAUCUCCGCCUACACCGAGGGAGAGGUGUACUGCAGCACCACUCGGCCCCUUGUCCCCGCUCCUGAGUGAGCGUCCCUCCGGUUGUCUCUUGGGGUCAUCCCCCCUAGGCUGUCAGGAUGGUGUCCUGGAUGAUCUGUCGCCUGGUGGUGCUCCUAUUUGGCAUGCUGUAUCCUGCAUAUGCGUCCUACAAGGCUGUGAAGAGUAAGAACAUUCGAGAAUAUGUCCGGUGGAUGAUGUACUGGAUCGUCUUCGCAAUCUUCAUGGCAGCAGAAACCUUCACAGACAUCUUCAUUUCCUGGUUCCCGUUUUAUUACGAGAUCAAGAUGGCCUUUGUGCUGUGGCUGCUCUCGCCUUACACCAAGGGGGCCAGCCUGCUUUACCGAAAGUUUGUCCACCCGUCCCUAUCCCGCCAUGAGAAGGAGAUCGACGCGUGUAUCGUGCAGGCAAAGGAGCGCAGCUAUGAAACCAUGCUCAGUUUUGGGAAGCGGGGCCUCAACAUCGCUGCCUCAGCCGCUGUGCAGGCUGCUACCAAGAGUCAAGGCGCUCUAGCCGGAAGGCUGCGGAGUUUCUCUAUGCAAGACCUGCGCUCUAUCCCUGACACCCCUGCCCCCACCUACCAGGAUCCCCUCUACCUGGAAGACCAGGUACCCCGACGUAGACCCCCUAUUGGAUACCGGCCAGGCGGCCUGCAGGACAGUGACACAGAGGACGAGUGUUGGUCAGACAAUGAGAUCGCCCCCCAGCCGCCUGUCCGGCCCCGAGAGAAGCCUCUAGGCCGAAGCCAAAGCCUUCGGGUGGUCAAGAGGAAGCCAUUGACCCGAGAGGGUACCUCACGCUCCCUGAAGGUCCGAACCCGGAAAAAGGCCAUGCCCUCAGACAUGGACAGCUAGAGUCUGCAGAUGGAGGCCACCUUACCUCUGGAGCCAGCAGGGGACCUUUCGCUGCUACACCAGCUACCUGGGCCCUGCUCCUUCCGGCUUGUGCCUAAGGGGCACAUGGUGUGGUACCCUGCACAGGGAUACAUUCACUGUACCAAAGCAGCCCAGGCCCGGGGCCUAUUUAUUGCCUUCCUCUGCCUUUUUCUUUCCCAGACACGGGACCAGAGCCCCACUAGUCCCCACCGACGAAACCAAAAGUCCAACCAGCUGUGUUCAUUCCUUCUUGUCCUUCAAAAUACUUGACAGCCUUUUCCAAGGCCUGGUUGUGUGUGUGUGUGUGUGUGUACACUAGCUGCGUGUUUCGUGUUGGUGAGUGAGGUCAGACUUAUGAAUAUUUUUAUAAAUAAAUACCAAACAGUGUUUGGCCUCUCCUAA